AUGUCUUCGUCCUCCUCGGCGUCUUCAUCCUCCCGUAACCAUGGUAAUGCAAGCUGGGAAAAUUGUAUGGUGGAUGUUGUAUGUUCUCUCUGUUUAUUGUUGCAGGAACCCUCCCUCUACACAGUGAAAGCUGUUUUCAUUCUGGACAAUGAUGGCAACAGACUUCUGUCAAAGCACUACGACCCCGGGCUCUACCCCUCCAUGAAGGAACAGAAGAACUUUGAGAGGAACGUCUUUAAUAAGACACACAAAGCAGACAAUGAGAUAGCGUUCGUGGAGGGGAUGACCGUCGUCUAUAAGAGCAGUAUAGACCUCUUCUUCUAUGUGGUGGGCAGUGCUGAGGAGAACGAGGUAGGGGGCAUUACUUUAAAUCUGGAGGUAACCGUGUAGUUGUUGGGGACUAUAUUCUCAGCGGGUGAUUAAUACAGCCGGACGGUGUAUGUGGGACUGAGUCGCAAUAAAGUACAGUUUUUGGACAAUAAUACAAUAAUAGAGAAAAAAAGAUUAUCACCAGCCUUAUCCUUUAGUUUAUGAAUUUAAACAAUAUCAUUUUACAGAUUAAAACACUGCCCCCCCCCCCACACACACUUUAUGAACUACGGUAUCAAAUUGAGGCCACGUAUUUCGUCAUUUUGUAAUAUUAAGGUUUUUUAGUAGUAAAUAAAAAUGACAUCCAUAGUCCACGCAGAAGAAGAAUUAAAGCUUUUUUGGUUCCAUUUGUUGAAAUAGUCAUUACAUCCCGGCAGCAAUCAAAUCCUCUGUCAAAAAGCCUCAUGUGGCUGUCGCAGGACUGAUCAGCAUGACUGUGCUCCCUGCCUGUCUGCCUGCGCUGUCUUCCACAAGCUGCUAUGCAGCUGUGAGUACUAAACAUCUGUCCCUUCUCACCAGUCAUCUGGACAUGUCAUUGCAGGUAUAAACACAGGUGUGAUUAUUCACAUGCAUUAUGGCCCUUUUCCAUGUAGGUGGGCCAGCGCCCUGGUAUUGUGCAUGCUAUCUUACUGGAAUGGGAACAUAAUUCAUUUGAUCAAUUACAACUAGGUUGACAUGUCAAAAUGGCUGCUGUGAAUAGGGCCUAGAGCCUUGUUCGUUCCGGCCCAUUAUGAUCAUUUUGGGGAAGUGGUUUCGGAGGGGAGGCCUGAAAGGACAGGCUGCAGCGGAGCCAGAAGGGCAAUGUUCAACUAUUCUACCAGAGGCUUGAAAUGAUCGUACUCGUUCACAAGCACAACAACAAAUAGAGGUAUGACGUGUGGAAGGGGUUAUGUGUCCAUCAGUCUGACUAUUUUUGUAAUAGCCUACUAUUACAAAUUACAAUAACUAUCAUACAUCUCACAAUGCUGAAGGGCUUCUGACUUUGGAGCUCGGGCUGCUAGCUUCUUUCAUCAGAGAACAGUUGGCAACACUGGGCUGUGAUUUUUAAAAUGGAUGAUUUAUUUUUUUAAAUCUAGCUAGUGUUGCUAGUUUUCGCAAGAUUAGCUUUGAAUAUAUGAACAUAUUUAAAUUCAUUCAUUAUUUACCACAAAGGGUAAAGAGGAGUUAACCCAUUAAAUACCUAGAUACCGAGUAAGAAUCUGAAAAUAUUUCAGAUCCCGAUCGUAAACUACAGUCAAUUUCGAACCUUAAUAACACCGUAAACUGAUCAGUGGAACAUUUUAACAUUUUAAAUGAAUGUGUACAUGAUGGGAAAAGUCAAUGUACUUCACUGUUUUGACAAUUCAUUCAAUUGACAAUUCAUGGACAAAUGCCAUCUUUAUACUGUAUAUAACAAUAACCAUAAUAAUAUAACCGUAACAAAGUCCUUGAUUUAGAUACACUACCUGGAAAUUCUAAAGGCUGCUGUUUCCAGUGAAACAAGCUCUGAUGAACCCACCGUACAAUACCUGGCCAGCACCAAGCAGCAGACAGACACAGGUUCUGCCACUAGCUGGUGAACACAGUGGAGCAUUUAGCAGCUAAAGAGACGGAUAUAACCCUCAGUAGUUGUUGGAGACCAAAACGUAGCUAAAACCAGCGUACUGGCAUGUUACCCGGCAAAACCUAAAACAUGUCAGUGUGGCAUGGACAUAAAAAUACUCUAUAUCUAUCUAUCUCUAUAUCU